GCAGCAGCUCAAAUAUGGCUACAACAAUUACGUCAUAUUUCCUCUUCCUCGUCCUUCUCCUCUAUCCGUUCACCUUAAGGGCGCUCCCGUCGGACAUAUCCAUCGGGUCCGACUGCGACAACGCUGUAAUAACUUUGGCCAUGUUCGAGGCGUGGAUGGCCGAGCACGGCAAAGUGUACAAUUCCGCGGAGGAGAAGGACAAGAGCUUCCGGAUUUUUAAAGAUAAUUUAUGCUACAUUGAAGAGCGCAAUGCGAUCCUCGCAUUGGGCUACAGGCUCGGGGUUAAUAGUUUUGCGGAUUUGACAUAUGAUGAGUACCGGAAAAUUUAUUUAGGCGGAGAUAGUAAUCGGAGAUUGGAUGAUCGGAGGGUCUUGAAUAAUAAGGUUCCGGAUGUCGGCCACGGCGAGCUGCCGGAAUCUGUCGACUGGAGACGGACAGGCGCCGUCGCGCCGGUCAAGAAUCAAGGAGCAUGUGGGAGUGGUUGGGCCUUUUCGGCAAUAUCUUCUACGGAAAGUGCGAACCAGAUCCUCACGGGGAACAUGGUUCGACUUUCCGAGCAACAGUUGCUAGACUGCGACGUCGCCGGCUUAAAUCACGGCUGCGAAGGGGGCCGAGCCAGCCAAGCCUUCGACUUUAUCGUUCAAAAUGGGGGUGUCGUUGCCGAGGAAGAUUAUGGAUAUCUAGCCACAAGGGGACAAUGUCGACUAACCACGAAACCCGACGCCCUCCGUGUAGUAAGUUUGGACUCGUACCAUGAUGUCCCGGCAUUUAAUGAGUCGGAACUGGCCCGAGCAGUCGCCCGUCAGCCGGUGAGCGUAGUAGUCUCAUUUGGCUCAAGGGACUUCCAAUUUUAUAAAUCGGGCAUAUUCAACGGGGAUUGCGGCGAGGAUCUAGGACACGAUGUUAAUGCCGUCGGGUAUGGUAGCGAAGACAACUCCGACUAUUGGAUUGUCCGAAACUCGUUUGGAUUGGAUUGGGGUGAGGAUGGCUACAUUAGGCUCAAGCGCAAUGUCGAAAAGUCAGAAGGCCAAUGUGGGAUCGCGAAAACGGCAUUUUACCCAAAUGUUAAUUUAUUAGCGCCAUUUUCUUCACCAUCGCCAUUGCCAUCGCCAUCACUGUCGCCAGAACCAUUGCCGGUCCCUCCGCCAUCUUCACCACCACCACCGCCACCGCCGCCUAUUUUGCCGCCGCCACCACCACGACCAUCCGGUUGCAAUUGCCCCGCCGGAACCACGUGCUGUUGUGGCUACAAAGUUAUCGGAUUUUGCAUGAGCUGGAAUUGCUGCCCGUCGGAAGGCGCCGUAUGCUGCGCCGAUCGCGUCACUUGCUGCCCACCGGAUUUUCCGGUGUGCAAUGUCCGCGAUCACACUUGCUCCAUCAGCCACAAGAGUCGGCUCGGUGUGAAGCCGAUGAAACGCAUCCCGGCCGGAAUAUUCGCCGCCCAAGAAGAGGGUGAAGUUUUAGCGGUAGCUUGAAGCCAUCCCUAGUUUGCUACACUUGCCAUUUCCUUUCUAUCGAAUAAAAAUGUUGUAGUGAUUAUGUAAUAAAGUCGAAGCUAUGAAUCAUCUUUGUUUGGAUGUUUAUCUUUCGUUGAAGUUUCUUAUAAUUGAAUGAAACGAAGGCUUCGUUAUUUGGAAGGUC